UUGCUGAAUCAGCGCAGCCGCCCAGAGUGGAGGAGCCAAGCAGGCCGUCCUCAUGGAGGGACCCCUGACAAGUGGCCUGGCCACCCCAGAUCGCCCCCGAGGCCCAGAGAGACUGCCGGGCCCGGCGCCACGGGAGGACAUCGAGGGUGGGGCCGAGGCUGCCGAGGGGGAAGGUGGCAUCUUCCGGUCCGCCCGUUAUCUGCCCAUCACCAAGGAGGGGCCUCAAGACAUGUUGGAUAACAGAAGUGGCAUUUCUGAUGGGCAGCCCCAUCCCGGCCUCAACGAAGCCCUCCCCUGUGCUACCUCCGCCACCCAUCGGAUCAGCAGCUGCUGCUGGGAUGCAGGCAGCCUGGACUUCCGGCCAGGCUCCCCGCCACCCCAUCUUCUGGGCCACUUCCCCGAAUCCCCCCACCACGGCCAGGGACCCUGGGAGCACCCCCUGGCUCAGGAAGCAGGGGAGUGCAUGCCAUCUGAGCAGAGGUUCCAUGCUGAGCUGGAAAGUUCUCGAAGGUUCUCCCACCAUCAGACUGAAAGGAAGCUCUCAGAGAAGGCUCCCAGGGGCCGCUCCGGGUUUGAAUGGCUCCGAGAGGCGGACGAACCAGGGGGCCCCCGAGAAGCAGGGGGGCUGCACCUGGACCCGCGCCCCCAGCUCCCGCCAACGCCGCCCCUCCACUCCUUUCGGAGGGUGCUUGUACCCAUGGAUGACAUCGUGCCGGUGGAAGACACGCCCAAGGCUAUGGACAUGGACAUCGGAGAAGCCGGGGAGGACCUGGAGGAGGAACUGGACGGGAUGGCGCAGCAGUCCGAGUGGAGCCUGCCCUCCUUGGCCUCGGAGGUGGCCACUCAGACCUGGACAGUGAAUGCCGAGGCAUCCGUGGAGCGGCUGAAGCCGCUGCUACCCCCGUCACAGCCGGGGCCUUACCUGUGCGAGCUACUGGAGGAGGCAGUAGAGGGGAUGGGCGGUCCAGAUGAGGGCAAGGGCGAGGACGAGGAGCCGGCCGUGUUCCCUUGCAUUGAAUGCAGUAUCUACUUCAGACGGAAAGACCAUCUUUUAGAUCACAUGAGUCACCACCCCCGGGCCCCCAGCCAGGAGCCCCCAGCGCACCUGGCCCCACUGGCCUGCGGUGAGUGUGGCUGGGCCUUCGCCGACCCGGCAGCCCUGGAGCAGCAUCGGCAACUGCAUCAGGCCUCGCGGGAGAAGAUCAUUGAGGAGAUCCAGAAGCUGAAACAGGUGCCGGGCCGCCAGGGCUGCGAGGCACGGCUGCAGUGCCCCAAGUGUGCGUUCGCCACCAACUCCUCCAGGGCCUUCGCGCAGCAUGCCAAGGUGCACGGGCGAGAGCUGCCAAGCCUGCCAGCCGAGGAGGAGGAGUUGGAGGAGGAGGAGCCGACCCUGCUCCCAGGCGGUGGUGGCAGCAGCAGCAGGGUUGCCAGCCCCAGCCUGGACACGGCUGAUGCCCUAGUCUGUCAACCCUACGGGGCUACUGCCAACCAAGCCGCCUCUGGACUCGGUGCCUGCUGCAUGGUGUGCGGCUUCCCGGCUCCCAGCGAGAGCUUGCUCAGGGAGCACGUGCGGCUGGCCCAUGCACAUUCCCACUGGGAGGAGGACGGGGAGGAGGAGCUGGAGGAGGAGGAGGAGGAGGAGCUGGAGGAGGAGGAGAUGGAGGACCCAGCCAGCCAGCCGGGUACCAGCCAGGAUGCCUACACCGCCCACUUCCCUGAAGCUGCUGUGGAUUACUUUGGCAAAGCUGAGCCACUCUUAGCUCCAGUGUGGCAUGAGAGCCCUGCUGGAUAUGACCCUAGCCUGGCCUUCAGCCCAGACUGCCCGCAGCAGCUGAGUGUGAGGGAUUUUUCAAUGUCAAAGUCGCUGGCCCCCGGCUCAGGCCAGAGGCCUUUUGGGAGACAGGCCUUCCCCUCGCCGCUGGCAUCCACGCUGCACUGCUUGCAGCUCGGGAGAAGCAAAGGCAAUAGCCACGCGCAGAGGCUGGGGGACCGCCGCAGGCGCCCCUGGAGCGAAGAAGAGGAAGAAGAGGAGGAGGAGGAGGAGGAGGAGGAAGAGGCAGUGCCGCUGACCUCCGAAAUGGAGUUUCUACCUGAACACGAGCAGCUCUUCGCGCGGCCAGCCACCCCCAGCCUCCUCCCGCAGCCAGCCCUGGAGCUCAAGCGGACUUUCCGAGAUGCCCUGGGCACGGCUCAGGCUUCCCGCGCACAGCAGCGACAGUUGCAAGGGAUGGUACCCAUUGUGCUGGUGGCCAGGCUGGGGCAGCAGGUGAUGGAGGCUGCGGUGGCCAGAGCGCCGCCCCGGAGGAGGCUGCCGCACGAGGAAGAGGUGCUAGGGCUGGGGGGCGCUCACCCCCUGGAUUUCCUGCUCCUGGACGCAGCACCGCUGGGCGGGCCCCUGGAGCUGGACACGCUCCUGGAGGGAGACCCAUCCGCGACCCUGAAGCCCGAGGAGCGCAAAUGCCCCUAUUGCCCCGAUCGUUUUCACAAUGGCAUAGGCCUGGCCAACCACGUGCGAGGCCACCUGAACCGCGUGGGCGUCAGCUACAACGUGCGCCAUUUCAUCUCCGCGGAGGAAGUCAAGGCCAUUGAGCGCAGGUUCUCCUUCCAGAAAAAAAAGAAAAAAGUGGCGAACUUUGACCCGGGCACCUUCAGCCUGAUGCGCUGUGACUUCUGCGGGGCCGGCUUCGACACCCGUGCAGGCCUCUCGAGCCACGCCCGGGCGCACCUGCGCGACUUUGGCAUCACCAACUGGGAGCUCACCGUGUCACCCAUCAACAUUCUACAGGAACUGCUGGCCACUUCCGCCGAGCUGCCCCCGAGCCCCCUGGGCCGGGAGCCCGGGGGACCCCCCGGCGGCUUCCUAACCUCCCGCCGGCCCCGCUUCCCUCUCACAGUACCCUUCCCGCCCACCUGGGCCGAGGACCCUGGACCAGCCUACGGAGAUGGCCUGGGUUCUGAGAACGCCAUGGUGGCCAUGGACUUGGGGUCACCCCCGCUCCCUAAGAAGAGCCUGCCUGUCACUGGGGCCCUGGAGCAGGUGGCCAGUCGGCUGAGCAGCAAAGUGGCUGCAGAGGCUCCUCACGGCAGCAAGCAGGAGCUGCCAGACCUCAAGGCUCAGAGCCUGACCACUUGCGAGGUCUGCGGCGCCUGCUUCGAGACCCGCAAGGGCCUGUCCAGCCACGCGCGCUCCCACCUGCGGCAGCUGGGGGUGGCGGAGUCCGAGAGCAGCGGCGCCCCCAUCGACCUCCUCUACGAGCUGGUGAAGCAGAAGGGCCUGCCCGACGCCCCCCUCGGGCUGCCCCCAAGCCUGGCUAAGAAGUGCAGCUCACCCAAGGAGGUGGUCAGCGGGGGGCCCCGGGCCGGCCUGCUCCCCCUGGCCAAGCCUCUGGAUGCCCCCGCUGUCAACAAAGCCAUCAAGUCGCCUCCUGGCUUCUCAGCCAAGGGCCUGGCUCAUCCACCCAGCUCGCCGCUCCUCAAGAAGGCGCCGCUAGCCCUGGCGGGCUCCCCUCCCCCCAAGAAUCCUGAGGACAAGAGCCCCCAGCUGUCCCUGAGCCCCCGGCCGGCCUCCCCCAAGGCACAGUGGCCCCAGUCCGAUGACGAAGGGCCCCUGAACCUCACUUUAGAUAGUGACGGGGGCAGAGAGCUGGACCCCCAGCUGCGAGGUGCCUGGUUUGAGACCCACAAGGGCCUGUCCAGCCACGCCUGCACCCACCUGCAUCACCUGGGCGUCAGCGACCCGGACGCCAAGGGAUCCCCCAUAGACGCGCUCCACGGGCUCUUCCAGAGGGACGGCGUCCAGCUUCGCCUCCCACUUGGGCGCGGCGGCGGCCGGGCCCGGCCGGGGCGGCCUCACCCCAUCUCUGCGGCCGGCUCCUUGCUUCCCUCCCCGCCGGCGGCCAAGAAGGGCAGGCCGAAGGCCUCGGGUAUGGCCAGCCCCUGGGGGGAGCAGGAGCUCUCAGCCGCCGCCGGUAUUUUCUGGGCCUCUGAUGUGGAGCCGUCCCCUGUCAGCUUCUCCUCCGGCCCUGAGCCAACUCGAGACAUCCGCUGUGAGUUCUGCGGCGAGUUCUUCGAGAACCGCAAGGGGCUGUCGAGCCACGCGCGCUCCCACCUGCGGCAGAUGGGCGUGACCGAGUGGUACGUCAACGGCUCGCCCAUCGACACGCUGCGGGAGAUCCUGAAGCGACGGACCCAGUCUCGGCCUGGUGGGCCCCCUAACCCACCAGGGCCCAGCUCGAAAGCCUUGGCUAAGGUGGUGGGCAGCGGAGGUCCUGGCAGCUCGCUGGAAGCCCGCAGCCCCUCGGACCUUCACAUCUCGCCCCUGGCCAAGAAGUUGCCGCUGCCACCAGGCAGCCCCCUGGGCCAUUCACCAACUGCCUCGCCUCCUCCCACGGCCCGGAAGAUGUUCCCAGGCCUGGCCGCACCCCCUCUGCCCAAGAAGCUGAAGCCCGGACAUAUGCAUGUGGAGAUCAAGCGGGAGACGCUGCCGGGGACCCUUCCUGGGGAGCCGCAUCACUCCGAGGGUCCCUGGGGGGCACCGCGGGAAGACCUGGCACCCCUCAACCUGUCGUCCCGGGCAGAGCCAGCUCGAGACAUCCGCUGUGAGUUCUGCGGCGAGUUCUUCGAGAACCGCAAGGGGCUGUCGAGCCACGCGCGCUCCCACCUGCGGCAGAUGGGCGUGACCGAGUGGUCCGUCAACGGCUCGCCCAUCGACACGCUGCGGGAGAUCCUGAAGAAGAAAUCCAAGCCGUGCCUCAUCAAGAAGGAGCCACCAGCCGGAGACCUCGCCCCGACCCUGGCCGAGGACGGGCCCCCCACGGCAGCCCCUGGCAGCCUCCAGUCUCCGCUGCUGCUCUCGCCCCUGGCUGGCCGGCCAGGCAAACCGGGAGCCGGGCCCGCCCAGAUUCCCAGGGAGCUCAGCCUGACACCCAUCACUGGGGCCAAGGCCUCAGCCACCAGCUACCUGGGCUCGGUCGCCGUCAAACGGCCCCUGCAGGAGGACCGGCUCCUCCCAGCAGAAGUCAAGGCCAAGACCUACAUCCAGACUGAACUGCCCUUCAAGGCAAAGACCCUCCACGAGAAGACCCCCCAUUCCUCCACCGAGGCCUGCUGCGAGCUGUGUGGCCUUUACUUUGAAAACCGCAAAGCCCUGGCCAGCCACGCACGGGCGCACCUGCGGCAGUUUGGGGUGACGGAAUGGUGUGUGAACGGCUCACCCAUCGAGACACUGAGCGAGUGGAUCAAGCACCGGCCGCAGAAGGUGGGCGCCUACCGCAGCUACAUCCAGGGAGGCCGGCCCUUCGCCAAGAAGUUCCGCAGCGCCGGCCACGGCCGUGACAGUGACCAACGGCCGCCCCUGGGGCUGGCCCCCGGGGGCCUGGCCGUGGUCAGCCGCAGUGCUGGUGGGGAACCAGGGCCCGAGGCUGGCCGGGCAGCCGACAGCGGUGAGCGACCUCUGGCAGCCGGCCUCCCGGGCACUGUGAAAGCCGAGGAGCGCCAGCGACAGAACAUUAGCAAAUUUGAGCGCCGACAAGCCCGGCCUUCAGACGCCUUGGCCAAUAGAGGGGGAGAGGAGGCCAGUGACCGGCCUCAGAAGUUAGAGGAAGUGCGGCAGCCCCCGCCCCGGGUGCGCCCCGUACCUUCCCUGGUGCCCCGGCCUCCCCAGACAUCGCUUGUCAAGUUUGUUGGCAACAUCUACACCCUCAAGUGCAGGUUCUGUGAAGUGGAAUUCCAGGGCCCUCUCUCCAUCCAGGAAGAGUGGGUACGGCACUUACAGCGGCACAUCCUGGAGAUGAAUUUCUCCAAAGCGGACCCCCCGUCUGAGGAGCCCCAGGCUCCCCAGGCACAGACAGCAGCGGCACAGGCACCCUGACAGAAGCAUUCCAGAUCCUUCGUGCCACCCGUCUCCUCCCCUCUCCUCGCCUCCUCCAGAUCCUCUUCCCUCUCUUCCCUCUUUUCCGUUUCCAAAGGAGCAAGCCAAAACCUCAGACCGGUGCCCCUCGGGGGCCGGGGACACUACAGCCGGGGGGGCACCGGGAGCCAGCUAGCCGCCCUUCCCGCAGCCCAAGGACUGGGGCCACCAGGUGUCUUCAGCCCAUGCCCACCUGGUCCCACAGGAACAGCAGGCAGGGAGGGCUGUGUCUGCCACUCGUGGCCCUUUGCAGAGACCCCAAAGACCCCUGUUCUGGUUCCCUCUCGCUCACCCACCCACCCACCCACCCACGCACACACAAACCUUCAUGCACACGCACCUCAUGAGACCUGGGAACCUGCCCCAGCCCCCCCCAGUUCCCAAGUUGAAUGACCACAUCAUGCCAUGGUGCUUGCUCAGGGGAAGCCGGGCUCCCUUUGAUGACCUGCCGGGGCCUGGGGGGAGCCCUCACUGAGCCCAUGAAGCCACGGAAAAAAAAAAAUCCUUGUUGCCCCCCCCCGCCCCGCCCCCCGGGGGGGCCUUCCCAACUGGGAAGGGCUCUGAGCUGACAGCUGCCUCCUGUCAUGUCCAGGUACCCCCCCCCCCAACAAGAGCCUGGAGAGUGGGCUCCGGGGGGCCGGGAGGGGCUGGGGUGGGGCCCUACUCCCCUACUUCUGCCCCCCCUGCCCCCCGCCUUUUCACUGUUGCUUUCUAUGUAUAGUUCUCUAGACUGCUCACUUUUUUAAAAACGCGUUUUGUGUAGAGAAUAAGGAACGUGGGUCUUUUUAUUUUGCAAUCCUGGGCCAGCUAGAAACCGGGAGCUGAUCGACCUUUCAACUUUUUUUCCAGUGGCCACCUUUUGGUUACCAAUUGUACUUAGAAGUAUGUACAUUAGAUUAAAUUUCUCUU